AUGGUCUACACCCUUGUCGUCCACUUCAGAGCAAUAUCUGACGAGGCAGAUGUCAUCCAGAAACUGACAAACAAGUUGAUUGAGGCUUCUCGAGUCUACAGCAAAGACAAGGAGACGGUCUCAUGGUUUGUCAUGCAAUCUGUUCAUGACAAACGAGACUUCACCAUCGUUGAACGCUACGAACAAGAGAGCAGUCAGAAAUACCACCUCGAAAAUCCUUACUGGAAGACAUUCGACCCUUAUGUCAUUCCAUUGUUGGAAGGCGGGAAGAUGGACUUGAGAAGAUACGAAGAGCUCGAUACCAGCAAGGACGUGGUUGUUGAGUGA